CCUGUAGGGCUGACCAUGGCCCUGCCCCGCCAGGUCAGCGCCAACGGCAAUGUGCUGCGCAGCGAGAUCGUGGGCUCCAUCAAGAUGCGGGUGUUCCUGUCGGGCAUGCCAGAGCUGCGCCUUGGCCUCAACGACAAGGUCCUCUUCGACAACACGGGCCGCGGCAAGAGCAAGUCGGUGGAGCUGGAGGACGUGAAGUUCCACCAGUGCGUGCGGCUGUCGCGCUUCGAGAACGACCGCACCAUCUCCUUCAUCCCGCCCGACGGCGAGUUCGAGCUCAUGUCCUACCGGCUCAACACGCAUGUGAAGCCGCUGAUCUGGAUCGAGUCGGUGAUCGAGAAGCACUCGCACAGCCGCAUCGAGUACAUGAUCAAGGUCAGCCGCCGAGGCGCAGAGGGGGCGGCAGGGCCCGGGCUGGGGCAGGACGCGGGGCCGCCUCCCAGGCCAGG